UCGAGAGGCUAUUUUGGCAGUUGUGACGUGCCUUAGUAGCCGUUGUAGAGAGGUUAAAUUAAGAGUAAAUGUAUGGACGGUCCUUCGGGACAAAAUAAAGUGGCCGUUGCAGAGUUAGUGGAGGUUUGACUGUAUAACUAUGUAAAAGGGUUUUACUUUUCCCUGUAAAUGUUUAUUGGGUUCGCUUUUUCUUUUUUACCUGUAGGCAGCUGGAUAUUUUCAUCAGUGAAGUGUUGUCAAUAGAUUACGAAGUUGCCAAACAGAAGUCAGCAUCGUAUCCGAGAUUACAGGUGGUCGGAGCGACUACGCCUUUUGCAGAGAGUGGAUACUCCUACGCUUUUAAGAAAAAUUCACCCUGGAAACCGAAAUUCGACCUGGUCAUCAACAGAAUGAAGGCUGAGAAUAAACCAAGUGAGCUGUACAAGAAGUGGGUCUCUUCCGGCGAAGACAUGAGCGAGGAGCAUCACCAAAGACUCGCAGUUUACUCGUUAAGUGGCGUGUUUUUUCUAGGCGCUUCUCUGGCGCUGGUCGCCAUAUUGUUUCUCUCCCUGGAGAAUAAACUCUUCGCUGCAGGCUUCAUAUACAGCGACAUGAAGGGUAACAAUUUUCCUGAGAAAGGAAAGCGGAAGUACUCGGCUGCAGUCAAACGGAAGCUACUGGAUCUAACAACCAACAAGGAAGAGGCAGAGUUCCCGGACAUAGCGGACUACCUUCACAAUAGGAGGAGAAGUACUUUAAUGUUAAAGACGUUGUAUAAUCCUAAAUCCGUGAAAAGGAAAUACGAAGAGGCAGGUGAAAAUGGUACUGCUUCUAGCUCUGUAUGAUAAAGAAAUGCGAGUUUUGUAGCUCGAUCAGUAGGGAUAUAUCACGAUUGUAAGUCAAUUUUCUGCAUAGGAAACUGUAAGCUUCUACAGCAUGGCUACGUUAGGUAGGAAAAUACCAACAGAGAAAUACAUUAGUUACUCAAAACGAAGCACGGAUGUUCAACACCAGAAAAGGAAAAAACGAAUUAGAAACAAAACCUACCUUCGGGGACGAGGGGGCCGAGGAAGCGUACUCUACAAAGUUUUAUACAGGAAGGCUCUGCCCCAAGGUCCAACCCCUUACCCUUUUGUAUACCAUUUUGACAGAAAAGGUACCCCUUUCUCAUGAUUUCAUAACAGACCCGUUUUAUUGAAUAAAUCGCCAAAAAGGGAAAUCAUCUUGUCAUUUUAAUGUAGUGCUUAAUAAAUUUAAUGAUACAGCCAUAAGUUGCGUCUGUUCGAGAUAUACUAAUGAAAGGCUCUUCUGAACAACUAAAUGACAGAUUUCCCUAACCUUUCACAUACCUCAACUUAUAAAAUCCCUACCCUUUUAUACACCUGAAGCCUAAAAAAGGUACCUCGGGCGGAGCCGCCUUCCCGCAUAGUCCGUUAUAGGGAGCACCCCCUCCCCCGGCUUGUCUUUUUUCAGUUCUAUUGGAACAAAGAUGCCAUCUGUGUAAGUUACCAAACUAACGUAUUAUAGUAAGCUGAGCUGGUUUAAAGUUUGAACAUGUUGCAAAAUGCUGAAUCGGGAUUUAUCAUAGUAUAAAGACGCAUUUGACUAAAUUUAUCCUGUUACUGGGAUCAGUAACUCAACUCUUCUGAAUAUGUAUUGCUAAAAUAGAAAUAUAUUUCGAACUUUUUGCUUUAGUAAAAUAAAUUUCUCUA